GGGAUAUAAGUGUGCGCCCAGAUGAACACGGGCAAUUGCUUUCUCGUGUCGGGACACCUGCCCACACUUUCGACGUUCGCAAACGAAUCUCGCUCAGCAACCGGCAAACAAUGGCGGAUGACGAAGUUCAGGCCUUGGUUGUGGACAAUGGGUCGGGAAUGUGCAAGGCCGGUUUCGCCGGAGACGAUGCACCACGCGCCGUGUUCCCCUCCAUCGUCGGCAGACCACGCCACCAAGGUGUGAUGGUCGGCAUGGGCCAGAAGGACAGCUACGUUGGUGACGAGGCACAGUCGAAACGGGGCAUCCUCACACUGAAGUACCCGAUCGAACACGGAAUCGUGACGAAUUGGGACGAUAUGGAGAAGAUCUGGCAUCACACAUUCUACAACGAACUGCGUGUGGCCCCGGAGGAACACCCCGUGCUCCUCACGGAAGCACCGCUGAACCCGAAGGCCAAUCGUGAGAAGAUGACUCAAAUCAUGUUCGAGACAUUCAACACACCCGCUAUGUAUGUGGGUAUCCAGGCGGUGUUGUCACUGUACGCAUCUGGUCGUACGACGGGAAUAGUGUUGGAUUCAGGUGACGGUGUCACUCACACCGUGCCCAUUUACGAGGGAUACGCUCUGCCGCACGCCAUCCUGCGUCUCGAUUUGGCAGGACGCGAUCUCACGGAUUACCUGAUGAAAAUCCUCACCGAGCGUGGUUACAGUUUCACGACGACGGCGGAACGUGAGAUCGUGCGUGAUAUCAAGGAGAAAUUGUGCUACGUGGCUCUGGACUUUGAGCAGGAGAUGGCCACUGCGGCGUCUAGUUCGUCGUUGGAGAAGAGUUACGAAUUGCCUGAUGGUCAGGUGAUCACGAUCGGGAACGAGCGAUUCCGUUGUCCGGAGGCGUUGUUCCAACCGAGCUUCCUGGGUAUGGAGUCCGCUGGUGUGCAUGAGACCACGUUCAACUCGAUCAUGAAAUGUGACGUGGACAUUCGCAAGGAUUUGUAUGCGAAUACGGUGAUGUCAGGUGGGACGACCAUGUUCCCUGGAAUUGCGGAUCGUAUGCAGAAGGAGAUCACUGCUCUGGCUCCGAGUACCAUGAAGAUCAAGAUAGUGGCGCCUCCGGAGCGCAAGUACUCUGUGUGGAUUGGUGGUUCCAUUUUGGCGUCGUUGUCCACGUUCCAGCAGAUGUGGAUCUCGAAGCAGGAGUAUGAUGAAUCUGGUCCUGGUAUUGUUCACCGCAAGUGCUUCUAAGAAAACUGUUUGAUCGCUACCUGGCAUGCUUUCCGUCCCCCUACGAGUCUUCUUUUCAUAAUAUAAUUUGCAAUCUCUGUA